CUUAUAUUGUUCAUGGCAGGACAUUAGUAAGUGCUGUUGAGCACCAAAAGCUCAUUGAUCCGAAAUACUUCAUCAUGGCAUUCAAACCCUUGAGUUUAUUUGCUUUCUUCGUCAUAAUUCUUCUUCCUCUCGCCCAUUCAUUGCGGUGUUACUCCUGUAAUAACAUGUACAAGAACAUAGAAUGUGCGCCUGACUUUCCUGUGACCUGCGGUGGCUCUAGUGACAGAUGCGUCACGGCAAAGUUUUCCUACAAAACAAACAGCACCGAACGUGGUGAAGUGGAGACAUUUUUCAGAACAUGUACCACUAUGGCGGUAUGUAACACUGCUACUGCUCCGUGCAAAGAUAUCAAGGGCGCCAUCUGUGAAUACAAGUGCUGUGAAGAUGAUCUGUGCAACAACAGCCCUCGUUACACGAGUCAAGUUUUUUAUUUGCUGGUCCUCGCUUUUGUUUGCUUAAUGUUAACAGCUUAAUUCUUUUUAAAAGAGCAUUUUCCGGAUGUGUUUCAUGACAUCUUAGAAAUGAAAAAAUUUCAAUAUUCCAUAUAGGUUUUGUUGAACUAAUGCACCAUUUCCGCUAUGAAAUAAAACUGUUGUUUUAUUUUUUUUCAAUCAUCAGU